CGCGGCUCAGUUGCUAAGCUGCAGUGGAGGAGUAACCAGAUCGUCAACAAGUUGUCUGACCAGAGGCGGCUAAGCAGCAGUUUAUCGCUCCUUCUUCAGCCUGGUUAACCGGGUCUCGUGGUUCACUGCAGCCGGCAGGUGUCCCUCGCCACCUUCAGGCAUUGUUUCACCUCCCGCUGUGCUGAUUGCAUUGCCUCCCUGUCAUGGUUCAUGAAAGCCACCUUGUCCCAGGGUGGAGGAGGCUCCAUGCACGUAGAUAUGCUCAUGAAUUAAACUCUGUGUCCAGUCUCCCUGUCUGACCAGUAUGGCUGCUGCCAGCACCACCAAGAUCUCCUGGCGACUGCAGGAGUUCGAGGCUCACUCCCGCACCGUUUCCUGUUUGGCUCUGGGGAAAAGCUCCGGCCGCCUGCUGGCCACAGGAGGAGAGGACUGCCGGGUCAACAUCUGGAGCGUCAGCAAGGCCAACUGCAUCAUGAGUUUAACAGGUCACAAGAACCCAGUGGAGUGUGUCCAGUUCAGCACAUCGGAGGAGCAGGUCGCAGCCGGCUCACAGUCCGGAUCCAUCCGAAUCUGGGACCUGGAGGCCGCUAAGAGUUUACGAACUCUGAUGGGACACAACGCCAACAUCACCAGUCUGGGCUUCCAUCCGUUUGGAGACUUCCUGGCCUCCAGCUCCAUGGACACGAGCAUAAAGCUGUGGGAUGUACGGAGGAAAGGUUAUGUGUUCAGGUAUAAGGGUCACACUCAGGCUGUGAGGAGUCUCGCCUUCAGUCCGGACGGGAAGUGGUUGGCCUCCGCGAGCGACGACUGCACGGUGAAGCUGUGGGACCUGACUCAGGGGAAAACCAUCACAGAGUUCAGAUCUCACACUGCAGCCGUCAACAUUGUCCAGUUCCAUCCCAACGAGUACCUGCUGGCAUCCGGCAGCUCCGACAGGAGCCUCAAACUCUGGGAUCUGGAGAAGUUUACAAUGAUCAGCUCGUUGGAGGGAGACACAUCUGCUGUGAGGUGCCUUCUGUUCAGCCCGGAUGGCUCCUGUCUCUUCAGUGGGGCCACAGACUCUUUGCGGGUCUUUGGCUGGGAGCCCGACCGCUGCUUCGACGUAGUUCCGGUCAGAUGGGGGAGGGUGUCGGAUCUCUCUAUCUGCAGCCAGCAGCUGAUCGGGGUGUCUCAUCAGCUGUCCAGCGUCUCAUCCUACGUGGUCGACCUGAAGAGGGUGAAGAAGAGCGGCGGCGCUGUGAUCCAGGGAAUCAUCCAGGACAACCAGCCGCUCACGGAGCCCAAGGAUCCCAGAGGAGCCGCUCUGCGCCGGAGCUACGAGAGGCCGACCACCAGCUGCAGCUCACAGAGGGUGAAGCAGCGUUCAGAGGCUGAUCGGCGGAGCCCUGAAGGUGAGAGGCGGAGCCCCAGCGAAGAUGAGGCGGAUGAGAAGCUGUCAUCAGCGGAGAUCCACAACGCCGAGGACUACAAGGAGAUCUUCCAGCCCAGAAACGCCAUCUCUCGAACUCCUCCCAGGAUGUCCGAGCCGUUCCCAGCGCCUCCUGAGGACGAGAGUGUUGUUGUCAUCGGACGACAGCUGAAGGACUUGAUUUCCCCUUUUCCUGACAAGCAGCAGCCUCCUCCGCUUGCCUCCUCCACCCCCGUCCAGAGGGUGGAGCCGACUGUGGUCUCUUGUGGCAAGCGUCUGCCCCCCAUUUCCUCCAACCCCCCCGCCUCCUCCCCGCCCCCCCCGCCCAGCCAGGUCACCCCAACCAAAUCUAGACCGCAACCCAGGAUCAUCCUCAGCACCAGGAACGAGCCCAUCGGACUCAACGUGGCCGACUUCCUGCCGUCUUCAGCCAACCACCGAGCAACCGUCCUGACUGACGACGAGGCCCUGUCCCAGAUCAAGAAGGGCCAUGACACCAUGUGUGUGAUGCUGAGCAGCCGACACAAGAAUCUGCAGACGGUCCGAGCCGUGUGGGCCCGCGAGGACAUCAAGAGCGCUCUGGACACUGCCAUCUCCAUGAAUGACCUGUCCAUCGUGGUGGACAUCCUCAACAUCAUCAACAUGCAGCCGACUGUGUGGAAACUGGACCUGUGUACCACCAUCCUCCCUCAGAUCGACAGGCUGCUGCAGAGCAAAUAUGAGAGCUACAUGCAGACCGGCUCCACGUCUCUGAAACUCAUCAUGAAACAUUUCUGGAUGCUGAUCUCCGACACGCUGAAGGCCUCACCGUCCGUCGGAGUCGACAUCAGCCGGGAGGAGCGACACCAGAAGUGCCGAGCGUGCUGCAAACACCUGAAGAACCUCAGCAACAUCGUGAAGAACAAGGGUGUGCAGGUGGGUCGCCAUGGCAGCGCCUUCAAGGAGUUGCAGCUUCUCAUGGCUCCGCUGGAUGACGCGCUCUGACGGUUCACAUGUCGAGGAUCAGCUGACAUCGGACGCUCCAAAACACAUUCCUGUACUUUGUUUCCUGUUGCCACGGCUGCGGCAUCUCCUCCUUCUUCCAGCCGACAGGAAGCAGAUCCGCUUCAGCUGGAGUUUUAAAAAUUUCCACAGAACGUUAACCAAUCUGAUCGCAGCGGCUUGUUCCCGUGGGAGGAGUUUAUCAGGUCAGACUGAUGUUCAACAUAGUUCAUAAUGAACUCGUUUAUCAGACAAACUUUUCUACUUGUCACAUAAAUGUGCACUUAAUUUAAAUAAAGUUGCUUUAAGUUUGAA